AUGUGUCGCUUCCUCAUCUACAAAGGGCGAAAUGAGAUUCGCCUCAGCAAGCUAGUCACUGAGCCGAGUCAUUCGAUUCUCACUCAAUCUUAUGACUCUCGUCUGCGCCUAGAUAAUCGCCGGCCUGUCAAUGGCGAUGGCUUCGGAGUGGGAUUCUACACAGAUCCCAAACUCGGACCAGAGCCGUGUAUCUUUACUUCAACGUUGCCUGCCUGGAAUUGCGACAAUCUAGAGCGACUUGCCGCAAAGACAUGCUCGAAUCUUGUUUUCGCACACGUGCGGGCAACAACUGAAGGUGCACUCGCUGAGAACAACUGCCACCCAUUCCAGCACCAAUCUCUUAUGUGGAUGCACAAUGGUGGCAUCGGCGCAUGGAACCAUAUCAAGCGUCCUCUGGGAAGCUCUCUUGCCGACAAAUGGUACCUGGGUGUGAAAGGAGGAACGGACAGUGAAUGGGCUUUCGCUUUGUUCCUCCAUUUGCUUGAGCAAGAAGGAGUGGAUCCCAGCUCCGACCCCGGCCCAGAGGGUUUCGGACAGGCACUUCUUCGCCGUGUCUUGAUGAAAACGAUCGCGAGGAUCAAUGAGCUUGUUAAAGAAAUCCCCGAGAAACAUAAGGUUCCCGGGCUCGAAACUCGCUCCCUCAUGAACUUUGCUGUGACAGAUGGACAUACCGUUGUGUGUACUCGGUAUAUAAGCAGCAAAACAGACGAGCCUGCCAGUUUGUACUUCUCUUCUGGCACCAAGUGGAAAGAAGGUGAAACCAAAGGACACUUCAAGAUGGAACGGCACGAUAAAGGGGCCGAUAUUGUUCUCGUGGCCAGUGAGCCUAUUACUUUCGAAAGACACAAUUGGGUGUCCGUCCCUACAAACUCUGUUGUCACCAUCCACAAGCAAACGGUAAUGCUCCACCCUAUUCUAGACGAAUUUUACGGCGAAAACCUUGACCAAGACCGCUCCUCUUGCUUUGCUGUGUCCAAAGGUCUUGUCAGCACAGCCCCCGGAACGACUGUUCCACCACCAGACUCCAAGGAGCCCUGCGCACCCCGACCAGCGGACAAUCCCGUUGAAAAGUCUGCCGUGCAGGCAUGCAAUUGA